CCAUUUCGGACUGCAAAACUCCCUCCUCCUUUACUCACUUUCCAUUCCUCCACGUCCUCGCCACACCUUGAUCGUCAAUGGCUCCUUCUCUACUUUCGUCCCUCUCCGUGGCUGCUGUGCUUUCCAGCGCGGCGCUACUUGCUCCCACGUCCAAUGCCCACCAAGUUGUGCUCCUGCCAGCCCCGACCUACACGACUGAUAACAAGGACACUAAGUAUGCACCAUUGGCCUUCCUGGAGAACCAGGGAUACGAGACCGUCGAGGAUUUCAACGGGUGGCGCCGCAACAACGGGUACAAGACCCUGCGUGACUUCAUGGACCGCGCCAAGUACACCGUCACUGAUGGAGCGGACUACUACUGCGGUUUCACGAACGUCAACGCCGCACCUCAGCCCAUUCCGGACGGAACAAUGCGCUCCACGGGUUACACCCACGAUGGUCCGUGUGAGGUUUGGCUCGACACCAAACGCGUGCUCCAGUCGGACAACUGCCACGAGACCAUCAGUGGCAAGACUUACAACCUUGACUACAGCUCGUGCACUGGUACCUGCACACUUCGUUGGUACUGGCUGGGCGUACGCUACCUCAAGAAUGCCUACUCGUGGCAGAUCUACAAGGCUUGCAUCCCGCUUUCGGCUUCAGCUCGACGCCUUGAGAGUGCCGCGAACGAAUCGGUCGCCUUGGAGGUUUAAGUACCAGUUGCCACGGCCACCUCGAAGAUUAUGAUCCUAAAGCGAUCAUAACUUACGUAUAUGUGUGAAGUGCUUAGGUAUAACCUCAAUAUCAGUUUUGCUGUUUACUAAA